AUGCCGCCUGCUGCCUUCCCUAGGCCCCAGGAUUCCCGCAAUAACCCCUUUGCUCCCAACCAGCUCCCCCAGCCUCGUCCUUACAACCCUCCUCAGCCUUAUGCUCCCGCCUUUCCCCACCCCCGCCGCGACGACGAUGAGGCUUCAGAGAUCGGCGAACACUAUGACAUGAACUCGAGCACUACCAGGCUCGCUGGCGCUCCCGCUUUUUAUGACCAAUCAGGCGAUGCGAGUUCUUCAGAGAUGUUCGGUCGUCCCUACGACCCCUCCGUUGAUUCACACUCUAGUAUACCCAGUAUAUCCCCCUUUGCUGAUCCCGGCCUCGCCUCUUCAGAGCACUAUCCUGCCUGGUCUGCAGACCGUCAGAUACCCAUGUCAACCGAGGAAAUAGAAGACAUCUUUUUGGACCUCACUCAAAAGUUUGGCUUCCAGAGAGACUCCAUGCGGAACAUGUUUGAUUUUACUAUGCACCUCCUCGACUCUAGGGCCUCCCGCAUGACCCCCAAUCAGGCCCUUCUUACCCUCCAUGCAGACUACAUUGGUGGUCAGAAUGCCAACUACCGCAAGUGGUACUUUGCUGCCCAGCUCAAUCUCGAUGACGCCGUCGGUCAGUCUCAGAACCCAGGCCUCCAGCGUCUCAAGAGCGUCAAGGGCGGUAAGAACGCUGGUCCAAAGUCCCUCGACUCCGCCACUAACCGUUGGCGAAAUGCCAUGAACAACAUGAGCCAAUACGACCGUCUUCGCCAGAUAGCCCUUUACCUUCUCUGUUGGGGUGAAGCUGGCAAUGUCCGUUUUGUACCAGAAACCCUCUGUUUCAUCUUCAAGUGCGCCGACGACUACUAUCGCAGUCCCGAAUGCCAAAACAAGAUGGAACCUGUGCCCGAAGGCUUGUAUCUCGAAACUAUUAUUAAACCCCUGUACCGCUUCAUGAGAGACCAGGGAUACGAGGUCGUCGAUGGCAAAUUCGUUCGCAGGGAAAAGGACCAUGCGCAAAUCAUCGGUUACGACGAUAUUAAUCAGCUUUUCUGGUACCCCGAGGGACUAGCAAAAAUUGUCAUUCGAGGUGGCCAACGACUUGUAGACAUCCCUCCUGCCCAAAGAUUUAUGAAGCUCAGUCAGAUUGACUGGGAGAAAGUCUUCUUCAAGACCUAUUUUGAGAAACGAUCUAUUGCUCAUCUCCUCGUCAAUUUCAACCGUAUAUGGAUUCUUCACAUCUCGGUAUACUACUUUUACACUGCCUUACACUCCCCCAAGGUAUAUGCUCCUCGUCUAAAGAAUUUUCCUUCUGCACCCAUGACAUGGUCUGCUGUCGCGCUCGGUGGUGCCGUCUCUACGGUCAUAAUGAUCCUUGCUACUCUCGCUGAAUUUUCGUACAUCCCAACUACAUGGAACAACGCUUCGCAUCUUACGACACGUCUAAUUUUCCUCCUCGUUAUUCUCGCUAUAACCGCCGGUCCCACCAUCUACAUCGCUAUGGUUGACGAUUUGCCCAAUAAAACGCAAAUCCCUCUCAUCAUCGGUAUCGUCCAAUUUGGUAUCUCAGUCGCUGUCACUAUUGCUUUUGGUAUCAUCCCCUCCGGAAGGAUGUUUGGUGACCGUGUAGCUGGUAAAUCACGCAAGUAUAUGGCCUCGCAAACUUUUACGGCUUCUUACCCAGCUCUGCCCCGCAAUGCUCGCAUUGCCUCCAUCACCCUGUGGAUUUUGAUUUUCACCUGCAAGUUUAUUGAGUCCUACUUUUUCUUGUCAGCGUCCUUCAGCAGUCCUAUCGCAGUCAUGGCGAGGACAAAGGUGCAAGGAUGCAGCGACAAGAUCUUUGGUAAUGUGCUCUGCACGAAUCAGGUCCCUUUCACACUCGCCAUCAUGUACGUCAUGGACCUGGUUCUCUUCUUCCUCGACACGUACCUGUGGUACAUCAUCUGGAUCAUGGUCUUCAGUAUCGGGCGCUCAUUCGCUUUGGGUCUCUCCAUUUGGACACCGUGGAAGGACAUCUAUACGCGAUUGCCGAAGAGGAUCUACGCCAAGCUUUUGGCAACUGCCGAGAUGGAGAUCAAGUAUAAGCCCAAGGUUCUCGUCUCGCAGAUUUGGAAUGCGGUGAUCAUUUCGAUGUAUCGCGAGCAUUUGCUCUCGAUUGACCAUGUACAGAGGCUUUUGUAUCAUCAGGUUGAUGGACCUGAUGGGAGGAGGACGCUCCGCGCCCCACCGUUCUUCACGAACCAGGAAGGGGCUGGGUACAAGGGCAACUUCUUCCCCGCGGGUGGUGAGGCCGAGCGCAGAAUUUCGUUCUUUGCGUCGUCUUUGACUACGGCACUGCCUGAGCCUCUGCCAGUCGACGCAAUGCCUACGUUCACGGUUCUGAUUCCCCAUUACUCGGAAAAGAUUUUGCUUAGUCUUCGCGAGAUUAUCAGGGAAGAGGACCACAACACCCGUGUGACACUUUUGGAGUACCUCAAGCAGCUUCACCCUGUGGAAUGGGACAACUUUGUCAAGGACACCAAGAUCCUCGCGGAGGAGUCGGAAGCCGCAGACGGAACGUCGACCCAGCACAGCGAAAAGGCCAGCAAGGCGGACGACCUGCCGUUCUACUGCAUUGGAUUCAAGACUUCGUCUCCCGAGUAUACGUUGCGCACGCGUAUCUGGGCUUCUCUCCGUGCCCAGACGCUGUACAGGACCGUGUCAGGUAUGAUGAACUAUAGCAAGGCGAUCAAGUUGUUGUACCGUGUCGAGAACCCGGAUAUCGUGCACAACUUUGGCGGUAACACUGAGAGACUUGAGCGUGAGCUCGAACGGAUGGCAAGGCGCAAGUUUAAGAUGACGAUUGCGAUGCAGCGGUUCGCCAAGUUUAAUAAAGAGGAACAGGAGAAUGCCGAGUUUUUGCUACGCGCGUAUCCGGACUUGCAGAUCGCGUAUCUGGAUGAGGAGCCGAGCGAGAAGAAGGGUGGGGAGGCGCGGUUGUUCUCUGCACUUAUUGACGGACAUUCGGAGCUGGACGAGAAGACAGGCAAGCGGAAACCCAAGUUCAAGGUCGAGCUGCCCGGUAACCCCAUUCUUGGAGACGGAAAGUCGGAUAACCAGAACCAUGCAAUGAUCUUCUACCGUGGAGAAUACCUCCAGCUCAUUGAUGCUAACCAGGACAACUACCUUGAAGAGUGUUUGAAGAUCCGCAAUAUCCUUGCCGAGUUCGAGGAGACGUCGGUGUCGAGUCAGAGCCCGUAUGCGCAGUGGGGCCACAAGGAGUUCAACAAGUCACCGGUGGCUAUUGUCGGCACGCGCGAGUACAUUUUCUCGGAGAAUAUUGGUAUUUUGGGAGAUAUCGCUGCUGGAAAGGAACAGACGUUCGGUACGCUUACGGCGCGCGCGCUCGCGUGGAUCGGCGGCAAGCUGCAUUAUGGACAUCCUGAUUUCCUGAACGCGACGUUCAUGAAUACGCGUGGAGGUGUAUCCAAGGCACAGAAAGGUCUGCAUCUGAAUGAGGAUAUUUUCGCUGGUAUGAACGCGUUUGGACGCGGUGGACGUAUCAAGCAUUCCGAGUACUACCAGUGCGGUAAAGGACGUGAUCUCGGCUUUGGCACGAUUCUGAAUUUCCAGACUAAGAUUGGUACGGGAAUGGGAGAGCAGAUGCUCAGUCGGGAGUAUUACUAUCUGGGAACGCAGUUGCCUAUUGAUCGCUUCCUGACAUUCUAUUAUGGCCAUCCUGGAUUCCAUGUUAACAAUAUUUUGGUCAUUUACUCGAUUCAGGUGUUUAUGGUGACUUUGCUCUUUAUCGGUACUCUCAACAAGCAGUUGUCAAUUUGUAAAAUAAACAGUCAAGGAACGGUUCUUGCUGGACAACCCGGAUGCUACAACCUUAUCCCAGUGUUUGACUGGAUCAGACGUAGUAUUGUUUCCAUUUUCUUGGUCUUCUUCAUCGCCUUCCUUCCUCUCUUCUUGCAAGAGCUUACUGAAAGAGGUUCGGGCAAGGCAUUGGUCCGCCUGGGCAAACAUUUCUUGUCUCUCUCUCCGCUGUUCGAAGUGUUCUCCACCCAGAUCUAUUCUAAUUCUAUUUUGAGUAAUUUGACUUUCGGUGGUGCUCGCUACAUCGCCACCGGUCGUGGAUUCGCGACUAGUCGCAUCUCUUUCAGCAUCCUUUACUCCCGCUUUGCUGGUCCUAGUAUAUACAUGGGCAUGCGUAACCUCCUCCUGUUGCUGUAUGCUACCAUGUCUAUUUGGAUCCCCCAUCUCAUCUACUUCUGGCUCUCUGUCCUUUCUCUGUGCAUUGCGCCAUUUUUGUUCAACCCUCAUCAGUUCUCAUAUGCCGACUUUAUCAUUGACUACCGUGAAUUCUUGCGAUGGAUGUCGCGCGGUAACUCGAGGACCAAGGCGAGCAGCUGGUACGGAUAUUGCAGGCUCUCAAGAACGAUGAUUACCGGUUACAAGAAGAAGAAGCUUGGUCACCCAUCUGAAAAGCUCUCGGGCGAUAUGCCUCGCGCGACAUGGCGGACCGUCAUCUUCUCGGAAAUCAUCAUACCUAUUUGCGUCGCGUGCAUCUUCGUCAUUGCGUACAUGUUCGUCAAGUCGUUCCCUGAUAAGGACGGCAACCAGAACCCUAGCCCGCUUAUCCGUAUUGGUGUCAUUGCUAUUGGACCUAUGGUUUGGAAUGCGGCAAUGUUGGUUAUGUAUUUCUUCAUCUCGCUGUUCUUGGGCCCGAUGAUGGAGUCCUGGGCCAAGUUUGGAUCUGUAAUGGCUACGUUGGCGCACGUUACAAGUUUGGUUGGUUUGGUUGCUUUCUUCGAGUUCUUCUGGUUCCUCGAGCUUUGGGACGCGUCGCAUGCCGUGCUGGGAGUUAUCGCUAUCAUCGCCAUCCAACGAGCCAUUCAGAAGAUCCUGAUCGCCGUGUUCCUGACACGUGAAUUCAAGCACGACGAAACCAAUCGUGCGUGGUGGACGGGUAAAUGGUACGGACGUGGACUUGGAAACUCGGCCAUGUCUCAGCCUGCUCGUGAAUUCAUCGUCAAGAUUGUGGAGAUGUCCUUGUGGACAUCUGACUUCCUCCUGGGACAUGUUUUGCUUAUUAUCUUGACACCGCCUGUGCUGAUUCCGUAUGCGAAUACUCUGCACUCGACUAUGUUGUUCUGGCUGCGCCCUUCGAAGCAGAUCCGCCCACCCCUCUUUUCGACCAAGCAAAAGAGACAGAGACGAUGGAUUGUUGUCAAGUACACAAUCAUUUACAUCUUCAUGGUUGCUUUGCUCGCUUCGUUGAUUGUUUUGCCUGCGCUCUUCCGGGACCGUAUCACAUUCGACUGCUCUCUCUGCAGGAAUAUCUAA